AUGGAAUAUUUUCAUUACUAUCGUAGUUGGAUGUACGAUAGAACGUAUCCAGGAAGACGUGGACUUAAACCGAACUUUGAGGAAGGAGUUAAAGGGUUUAUCACAUGGGCUUUCGCUCAAGAAUGUUGUCUAAGCGAAGGAGGAGUAAGAUGUCCUUGUCUAAAAUGUGAAUGUAGACCUAUAAUUAGUGACCCGGAGGAAGUAGAACGUCAUUUGAAGAGAAGGGGUUUCAUUAAAAAUUACUGGGUUUGGACAUAUAAUGGAGAACAGUUGCCGAGUAAUGUACAAAGGACUACGACUACACAUGCUUCUAGCAGUCGAUCACAUAUGGAACACCGGGAAGAAUUUAGUUUGAUCAGUGACAUGGUUGGCGAUGCUUUUGGGGUUAACGUGACCUAUGAUGAACCUCAAGACUUCGAUCAGGAAGAGUUGCCGAAUGAGGAAGCUCAAAAAUUUUAUCAAUUGUUGCAAGAAAUGAAUACGCCGUUGUUUGAAGGGUCGUCAGACUCAAAAUUAUCGAUGUGUGUGAGAUUAUUGGCCGCCAAGUCCAAUUGGAAUGUUCCUGACCAGUGUUUGGAAUUCUUUGCAAAAAUGAUGUUGGACGCAACUCCUACGAAAGACAACCUUCCCACAAGUUUUUAUGAUGCAAAGAGGUUGGUGUCGAAAUUGGGUUUAGAGGUAAGAAAGAUUGACUGUUGCACUAAUGGUUGCAUGUUGUUUUACGAUAAUGAGUUUGGUACUAAUGAUGGAUCGUUGGAGGAAUGUAAGUUUUGUAAGAGUCCGAGAUACAAAGUUCGCAGUAAAGCCAUUAACCGUAAGCAAAAACAUGUGGCAGUGAAGUCCAUGUUUUAUCUGCCGAUCAUACCAAGGUUAAAAAGAAUGUUUGCUUCAAUGCAUAGUGCAAGUCAAAUGACAUGGCAUCAUACAAACCAAACAAGUUCGGGCACAAUGCGACAUCCAUCUGAUGGUGCGGCAUGGAAGCACUUCGAUAUGAUACAUCCUGAUUUUGCAGCAGAACCUAGAAAUGUCAGACUUGGACUAUGCUCUGAUGGUUUUACUCCAUAUGUCCAAGCGUCUGGAAGUGGAUAUUCUUGUUGGCCAGUUAUUGUUACCCCUUACAACCUCCCUCCUGAGAUGUGCAUGACAAAACCAUACAUGUUUUUGACUUGCCUCAUUCCAGGUCCAAAGAGUCCAAAAGCUGGAAUAGAUGUGUAUUUACAACCUUUAAUUGAUGAUUUGAAGAGGUUAUGGAUUGGAGAAUGGACUUAUGAUAUAUCUUGCAAGGUUAAACCGAAUGGCAGUGAUGGAUGUUCAAGGUAA